AUGGUCAUUCCAUUAUUGGCUUUUUCUACAUCGAAUCAAGAAAUAAUUGAUGAUCUUAGCAAUGAAGUUGAUCGAUUUGAAGAAGUAAAUCGUCAAAGUCGACAACUAUUCUAUUCCCCUCUUAAUAGAAAUCAACUUUACAAAAAUGAGCAUAUUCUCUUGAAGAAAACAGCCGAUUUUCAAGAAAUUUUAAAACCAUGCAAUCAAAUACCGGCAAGUGGUCGUGGUAACGAUUAUGCUAAUUGUAUACGUCAACGUAUGUUACUUUUGGGAAGAAAGCGCAGACAAACAAGUUAUGAAUAA